AACACAUUCAAAGAUCAAGACAUUAAACAAAAUGGCUUCCUUUUAUCAUUCAUGGAGCUUUUGCUGUUUUUCUAGCAUUGUCACACUCGUCUUCUCAUGGUUCGUAAAGCCUAGUGGAGCUGUCUACCAUGGCUACGUUCCGAGCCCAUGGACCCUAGCCCACGCCACAUUUUAUGGCGAUGAGUCUGCAUCCGCAACCAUGGGGGGUGCUUGUGGAUAUGGAAACUUGAUUACUAACGGAUAUGGAACUGAUACGGCUGCAUUGAGCUCAACGAUCUUUAGCGAUGGAUACGCAUGUGGUCAGUGUUACCAAAUAAAGUGUGUCCAAUCUCCAUGGUGCUAUAGUGGUUACACAACCGUAACGGCCACCAACCUCUGCCCACCAAACUGGUCUCAGGAUUCAAACAAUGGUGGGUGGUGCAACCCUCCCCGAACCCAUUUCGACAUGGCUAAGCCCGCGUUCAUGAAAAUUGCUAAAUGGAAAGCCGGCAUUGUUCCUGUCAUGUAUCGCAGGGUUCCAUGCAAUGCCAUCAGGAAAGGUGGGAUCAGGUUUUCUUUUCAAGGAAAUGGGUACUGGUUGUUGGUGUAUGUGAUGAAUGUUGCUGGUGCUGGUGACAUCCAUAAGAUGUGGGUCAAAGGGACCAAGACCGGUUGGAUCAGCAUGAGCCAUAACUGGGGUGCUUCUUACCAAGCUUUCGCGACUCUUCAAGGUCAAGCCCUCUCCUUCAGGCUAACUUCAUACACCACAAAACAGACCAUUACGGCUUACAAUGUCGCCCCGGCUAAUUGGAACCUAGGGUUGACAUACCAAGCCCAUGUCAACUUCCAUUGAUUCACUAUGUUGAUGACUUUCUUGGUCAACACAUGUUUACUUAGUUUUCUUUUUCUUUAAUUUGUUAUCAGUUUAGUGGUUGUCAUUUUGUAUUUUCUCAUCCAUCCCACUAAUAAUUAAAAUGUUCUAAUGGGGUAGUGAUGAAUUUAGCGUAUGAUAACAAUAAAAUAAACAAUUGUUUCUUAACA